AUGGGCGCUACGAAUCAUGAAGUUUUCUCUAGUCCGACGGAAUCGGAAUUUUCAGACAGUGUAUACGAUGGUCCAGACUACGUACGCAAUUGGGACGAGAGGCGUGUCGGAGAGUGGCUGCGAAGCAUCAACUGCCCUCAAUACGAGCAAUUAUUUAGAGGAAAUCACAUAAACGGGGAGACUCUUUUAGAAUGCGAUCAGUCUGUACUCAAGGACUUGGGGAUCAAGAAGAUUGGCGAUCGAGUCCGCAUCAACGUUGCGAUCAAAGCUCUGCGGAAAAACAUUCCAAGCCAAAAGAAGCGGAAUAGAGACUCUCUUGCGACACUAGAAAACCCGGCAUUUACUCCCUCCAGCUCUCCCCGUCCGCUCUAUGCCACCAAGGAACGCACUCACUCAAGCGCUGGUCGAGGUUAUACACGUGGAUAUGACUACAGCGUUUCUCCAGCCAUCCCAUCCAGCAUCAGCCGCUCUCCCUCGCGGCCAAGCUCACCUCUUGCUGACCUGGAAAGCGGCAGAGGUCUGCGAGCCCAGCGAUAUGGUGGAAUGAGUCCAAUGGAGAGUGCCAGGCGGGAACAAGCUGCAGGCUACUUCAGUUAUCCUUCCAGUGCGAGCACGACGUCAGGCAGGCGGCCCGCUACGCCAGGUGAUGCUCCACAAACUGCGCGUGUCGCACACGGCCGGCAGGGCUCUGGAGUUGAGGGACUUACCCUUGGAGGGCUGCCACCUGAUAAGCACGUUAUACGCGUCAUCUACUCAGGAGGUCUUACAAAGGUGGUCAAAGUCCAAAACUGCAAGACCACAGACGACAUCAUGCGUGCUACACUCAAAAAAUUCGGUCUGCCAGAGCAUCAAACAAGGAAUUAUUGCUUCUAUGUCCUUGGCGGCGUGACACCCGAUCCUUCGGACUGUCGACGAAUACCCGAGUCAGAGCUGAUUCGCAUCUGCAGCGACCUUUCGCGGUAUGAGCGAAACCGCCUUAUUUUACGAAAGAUUCAUGCAGGAGAGCCAGAAGAUGAGGAAUUACAGGUUGCUGCGCAGCUUGCCCUUGAGGAAGCAGAACGCAAUUACGCUAUUGCAAUUGCGAACAAUAGUACCCGUAGCCAACAAAAGGUGCAGAAGCUUACUGGCGAGUCUUGGGAGGCUGUGAAAUACCCUCUUUCUCCCGCAUCCUACCCGCUACCGCCAGCCUUGGCUGCGGCAGAACGAAGCCGAAACGUCAAGUCAGCUGCACAUGAGCUGGAAAAGCCAAGGCAACUGCCAGAGGUCACGCCACGGGGACGAAUGAUUAGGCAGUUCUUUGGACAGCGUCCACCGAGCGAGCUCAUCAGCAAUGAUCUAGUUGCAUAUUUCCCCGACCAUCCCAAGGAAGAAAUUGACCGGACGGUUCGCAUGUCGAUGCGACGAUCUGCCCGACUGAGCCGAGCCACCAACCGGCUUAGUGUAGCCAGCAACCUCAGCUUUGUUUCAAGCCUCAAAGACGCCCCUCCUUUGCCCAGUAUCGCCGAUACCUGGUUGACAGGGGCGAACCAAGGCCAGCGGCCUCCGCGGCCGCUGUCCGUCUCUCGCAUUGCCCUCCCGCAAACCGCCUACCGAGAUUCCAUCGCGUCAUCAUCUCUUGAACCUCUGCAAGAGGAGUCACCUAUCGAACCCAACCGCAAGUCCUAUGUAUCCUUUGACAGCGCCCCCGAUGCCUCGAGCAUUUCCGUGACAGAUCCCGAGGGCCACCCCGGACUCCAGAGUUACUUUGACGAAACUGGCAGCAGCACACCCGUCACCGAUGCCGGCGGCACCGGCUCAUUCAACGAGCAUCUCAGCCAGGCCAUUGCCGAAGACGGCGAAGAACCUGAUGAAGAGCUUACGCGGUUCCUCGAAGGGGAUGCCUGGGAAAACGUCAAGUGGAUGAAAGGCGCGCUCAUCGGACAAGGUUCAUUUGGCAGUGUGUAUCUCGCUUUGCACUGCAUCACCGGCGAGCUCAUGGCUGUCAAGCAAGUCGAGCUCCCAUCCAAUGCCGGAAACCAAGUCGACAACAAGAAGAAGUCGAUGCUCAGCGCUUUGAAACACGAAAUCGGCCUACUGAGGGAACUGCAACACCCAAAUAUCGUACAAUAUCUCGGCUCCAGCUCGGACGAACAACAUCUCAACAUUUUCCUCGAAUACGUACCCGGCGGCUCAGUCGCAGCCAUGCUCAAUCAGUACGGCGCUCUGCACGAACCCUUGAUUCGAAACUUUGUCCGGCAGAUUCUCAACGGCCUGGCCUACCUCCACGGCCGCGACAUUAUCCACCGCGACAUCAAAGGCGCCAACGUCCUCGUCGAUAACAAGGGCGGCAUCAAAAUUUCUGAUUUCGGCAUUAGUAAGAAGGUCGAAGCGUCCAGUCUCUUGAGCCAGAACGGCCAGGGCCACGCUCACCGGCCCUCUCUACAGGGUUCCGUCUUCUGGAUGGCGCCCGAAGUCGUCAAGCAGACCUCGUAUACCCGUAAAGCCGACAUUUGGAGCUUAGGCUGCCUCAUUGUCGAAAUGUUCACGGGCACCCACCCUUUUCCCGAUUGUUCUCAGUUGCAAGCCAUUUUCAAAAUCGGCGGUGGCACUGCAAGCCCCACCCUCCCCGAAGAAGCAAGUGAUGAAGGCAAGGAGUUUUUGAGUCGUACCUUUGAGCUUGAUUUUGAAAAGCGUCCCAGUGCAGAGGAAUUGCUCGUCAGUCCCUUUUUGAACGCCAUGGCUUAG